GUUUUCUUUGGUCGGACUCCGCUAUCUUCGCUCCUGGGUAUCUGCGCCUCUGGCCCGGCGGUCUUCGGGGAGGAGGGUUGUCGUCGUCCGCUAGCGGACCGGCGCGGGUAGCAGGGCUUGGUGCACCGACCAGUAGCCUUCAACUCCUUCGCAACCUCUCCUCUGGGCCUGGCCGCUUCAGGGUCUCUUCGGAGCGGCGGCGCCCCCCGGGACUUGGCCUGGAGCAGUCAGGGGCCCAUCCCCGCUCCGGGCUCGAAUGGGAGGCGGCGGGAGCAGCGGCCUGAGAUGUUCAGUCUGAUGGCCAAUUGCUGCAGCUGGCUCAAGCGGUGGCGGGAACCCGUCAGAAAGGUGACCCUUGUGAUGGUGGGACUUGAUAAUGCUGGUAAAACUGCAACGGCAAAGGGAAUCCAAGGAGGGAUCAGCAAACUUUUUCUGUCAAGAAGGCUUCACAGAUCAUAUGGUCUCUGCCCCAGUGACACAACUCGGAUGUUGUAGUGUAAAAGUAGCUAUAGACGAGCAUCCUGAAGAUGUAGCUCCUACUGUUGGAUUUUCCAAAAUUGACCUCAGACAAGGAAAGUUUGAAGUCACCAUCUUUGACUUGGGAGGUGGAAAGAGAAUUCGGGGAAUCUGGAAGAAUUACUAUGCUGAAUCCUAUGGAGUAAUAUUUGUUGUGGAUUCCAGUGAUGAAGAGAGAAUGGAAGAGACAAAAGAGACAAUGUCAGAAGUCCUGCGACAUCCCAGGAUAUCAGGAAAGCCUAUAUUGGUGUUGGCAAAUAAGCAAGACAAGGAAGGGGCUUUAGGAGAAGCUGAUGUGAUUGAAUGUCUGUCUCUGGAAAAAUUGGUCAAUGAGCACAAGUGCCUGUGUCAGAUAGAACCUUGUUCGGCAGUCUUGGGGUAUGGAAAGAAAAUUGACAAGUCCAUUAAAAAAGGUCUUUAUUGGCUGCUACAUAUCAUUGCAAGAGACUUUGAUGCCUUAAAUGAACGCAUCCAAAAAGAUACAACAGAACAACGUGCUCUUGAGGAGCAAGAGAAAAGAGAAAGGGCUGAACGAGUGCGAAAAUUACGAGAAGAAAGAGAAGAAAGAGAACGCGAUCAGGCUGAACUGGAUGGAAACAGUGGUCUCACUGAGUUGGACCCAGAACCAAUUACUGUUAAUCCUUUCCAGCCAAUAGCAUCUGUGAUCAUUGAGAAUGAAAAAAAACUUGAAAAAGAGAAAAAGAGGCAGAAGAUGGAGAAAGACAGCGAUGGCUGCCCCCUGAAACAUAAAAUGGAGCAUGAACAAAUAGAGACCCAGAGCCAGAUCAGUGACAGUAGCCGAAAAAACAAUGAGUUUGGAAUAGUAGAAAAUUACAAGGAAGCAUUAACUCAGCAGUUGGAGAAUGAAGAUGAGACAGACCAGCAAUCUUCAGAAUCAGAUAACAGUAAAAAGAAAACUAAAAAACUAAGAAUAAAAAGGAGUCACCGGGUGGAGCCAGUAAACACAGAUGACGCUGCUCCUAAGAAUGCAACACCACCUCCUCCACCUCCUCCUGUUGGCUGGGGCACCCCCAAAGUCACUAGACUUCCAAAACUUGAGCCUCCUGGUGAAACACGUCAUAAUGAUUUCUAUGGGAAGCCACUGCCUCCUCUGGUUGUACGGCAGAAACCUAACAGUGAUGACCAUGAUGUGAUCUCAUAACCAAGUUAAUGUGGAUGAGCUCUCUUUAUAUCAGCACGACAAAGUGGAAGGCAUUCUUCUUUCUCGAAGAAGAAAAACCCUGAGCAUUGAUGACUGGCAAGAUAACCACAGCGAUUUUAGUGGGGAGAUUAAGACUACCAGCCACAGACCUAAGUUAUCUGAUAAUUACUCAUCCGUGUUCUUCAUGGUUAAAAAAGAAAGGAAGUUAAAUGACCAGUAUAAGGGAUAAGCAUUUGGACCAAGUUAGCAAGAUGUAGUGUUGACUCUGGUUUACACAUCCCCACUCACGAGCAUAUUCCUGAAGGAAGAUCUCUUCAGAAAAAGAGCUGAUGGAUGCCACAUUUUCUUUACUAUUUGUUUAAUAGCCUCUGUUUCUACAUAUUAGACCUUUUUUUGUAAGAUACAUGUGCAUGUAAGGGAAGCUCUUGUGAAUUUAUAACCUAAAAUUUUUAACUAUUUUUAUAUUUUUCUAAAACUUGUAUUUAAAAGUUUUAAUUACUAUGAUAUUGAUUGUGUACUUUUCUAUAGAUGCUUUUUUUAAAAUUGUGUCUGGAAAAUAGAAUUGAUUUACUUGACAGCCGUUGACUAUGUGAACAGGAUAUAUUUAUGGCUUGUAGUAUUGUUCUUGAAGUGUACAUCCUAAUUUGACCUAAUUUUAAAAUAUUAGCUUUUUUAAAUAGUAGAUUUUCUGAUCUUUAUUCUACCAAAUUAUGUUAUUUGAAAGCACUUCCAAAGGAUAGAGUUCAAUUUUAUUUUUGUUGUUGUUAAACGGUUUUCUUGUUUCAAUAAAUGAAAGAGAUUUGAAAUACCUUUUUGACCUAAAUGUUUUUUUAAAUGAAUAAGAAUGUUAUAUGAAAUAUUACUAAAAAUUGCAGUAAACAUAAACACCUAUUUUAAAUUCAGAGAUCAAAGUGCUCUUUGUCACCACCUUGUUAUGUUACAAGCUAUAGAAACUCUUAGGUCAUCCCAAUUCUGUCUUAUAUUUUACAACCAGGAAGUAGCUUGGAUACCGAAGCAAUAAGAAUAUAAAUACUCAAAAAUUAAUUUUAUAAAGAAAUAAUUCCAAAAUAAUUUCUUAAUUUAAAAUUAAUAGCAUUCUCUUGUACUUAAAAACACAUCCAUAGUAUUCUGUUUGUCCAACAUAUAGACAAAUUUAUAUAUAUAUAUAUAUUUUGAGUAAUAGAUGCAUAAUACUGUCUUUAACUAAAAGCAUACAUUUUUUGUCAAGCUGAAAAUACUAUGAAGAGUAUGAUUUCUAUACUACCCUGUAAAAACUGGUCAUCUUGGUAACUUGUACUAACAACCGACAUAUACUGGUAUCUGAGAAUAGCAUUAAUAAGUACUUCUAAAGCAGUUUCAUAUGAUUACUUGAUAGCAUCACAUUUUAUUCACCAUAUUAAAACUCAUUGAACUUUUAUUACUCAGGUCAUUUAUAACUCUAGUUAGCAAUACACGAAGUUUCUUGGAGUUUUGUUGUACAUGUGACCUACCUAGCUCACUGAGUGAGGGAAAAAAGUAUUCUACUUCAGAUAAAAAAAUCCAUAACAAUCUAAAUUUGAUAGAUGGCUGAAAUGUGAGGAAAAGUAACACAACAAGACAGGAUACACAUUUUGAAAUGAAUUUUAGAGGAAAAAAUUAUUUGUAUGUCUUUUGAUUCCUUUGUAACAUUUACAUUUAUUCACUUUUUUAACUAAACUCAUACUUUUGCCAUCUUUUUAUAUUCAUCUAGUUUGAGAGUAAGUAUAAUUUUAAAAAAAUUUUUGUUUCCUACCAAUGAUUAUUCUGUAUAUAGUAAUUACUACAAGUCCAUUUAAUUAAAAAUAAAUAACAAUGAUUUUGAAAUUAUAUAUAUGACAAAAUAGAAUAUUUUAUAUACAGUAUCUCAUAAAAUUAAUUUGUAUCCUUAUUCUAAAAAUACUUUAAAAGAUGUUUUGUAAAUCCUGGUGGGUUUUAAUAAUCAAAUGCCUUUUUUGUUAUAUGC